GAAUUCGUACGUGUCAGUUGUGAUAAUUGUCGCUGGUGAAUUAUUUACCAAGUGUAUUUCAAAAACUAGUGAAUUUAUUUUUUAACCAAAAUAGUGUAAAAAAACUUAAAAAAAUCGAAAAGAAGUAAUACUAUUCACUACUUUCAGCGUUAAGUAAAUAGAAAACGCGCGAAGCAAUGCGUUUCAAGAUCAAUCACACACUUUUCGUGUGUACUGUGUUGUUGUUGUGUGUGCUGCAGUGCGAAUUUGCAGCCAGCUACAAAGCCGAGAUCGAGAUAACUCCGGCGCCACCGGAAGAGCAGACAACAAAGAAGUCCGGUUGGUUUAGUCGGUUCUUUGGCGGUAGCGGUGAUAAGACAACCACCACUACCACCACACCGUUACCACCACGAAAUGUGCCGGCGCCCAUACCAACACAACCGCAGCCAAAUGCACCGCGAGUACAACCAAAUACCGCUGGCGCACAGAAGCCACCACCAUUUGCCAUUAACCCAAAUGCGCCGCUGAUGCCGCUGGGACCACGUCCCGACACCCCCGACUCAUCGCCCUUCGGUGGUAAUGGCAAACAGCCACCACAGUGGCCACAACCCAAUUCGCAAUCAGCAGCACAAACACCGACCACGCCAGCCGGUUUGCGUCCGCCAGCCGGCAGUCCACAGUUGCAUCCAUCACAACAACGUCCACAGCCAGCACCGACACCUAUGAACUUUGGUGGUAAUGUGAAUAACUUUGGACGUCCAGGUACAGCACAGCCGAAUUUGCCACCUGGUUUUGCACCAUAUCAACCACCUAAAGCGCAGCCUUCUGGCUUGGAUCUUAGUUAUGGCGGUGGCGCACGUCCGCAAGGCGGUGCAGCCGGACGUCCCGGUUUCGGUUUAGCACCAUUGACCAGCACAACUACCACCACUACCAGUACCACAACCACGACAACAACAACUACACCAAAACCAAGUUCACCCGGUAGUGCUUUAGGUUUGGAUAUGCGUAAUGGUUUUGGCGGCAUCGGUGUACCAACCACGACCACCACCAGACGCCCUUCAACAACAAAAGAUGAUUUCCCACCUUUACCACCACCACGCCGUUCCUCCGUGGGCAACAAAGAAGACUUCCCAGCACUACCAACACCACGCACACCCGGUAGUCCCACACCAGCUUCGCCGCUACGUCCCUCCUCUCCAGCUGGUGGUAGCGCACAGCCCACACUAACCUUUGCUUGGGGUUCGCCCACACCAGCGGCACCAUCACGACCUGGCAGCGGUAUCAUACCACCAGCUUCACCUACGCCAAGCAGUCCAACGCGCCCCAGUACCCCUGGAUUUGGUGGAACAGGCGUUUCGUUUGUGCCACACGUACCCGGUCCGUCGACUACGGUAAAACCUGGUGCUGCCAGUGGUGCCAGCGUUAGCUCAGUUGCCAGCGAUGACGAAAUACGCGCACUCACUGAGCAAUUAUAUGCUAAAGAGCAGAGCUUGUUGAAUUUGGUGCAUGUCAAUCCACAGGGCAAGACAAGGUCAAUUGAUAGCACAGACGAGGCGCCGAAACCUCUCUUCGAGGUCGAGCCACGCGCCUUCGAUUCGCCAACAGUCGCUAAAAUGCGUGCACUUUUCGACAACUACGAAGAGGACACUUUGGCCAAUGAACAUGUGACCGUUAAUGAACGGCGCGAGGAAAAUGAGUUCGUCGAUGCCGUAAUGGGCACACAGGUGAUGCGACAGGCCAUGCUCUUCUUGCAAAACAAAGGGAUUGUAUCGCCCGAUCCGAAGACACAUCGCGAUCUCGUCAAAGAGCUCUGGUUUACACAGUACUCACGCGGCCAGGGACGCAUUGGCAGUUCGGGCUUUGAGCAUGUCUUCGUGCACGAAGUAAAGAAUGGCACAUUAAUUGGUCUGCACAAUUGGGUGUAUUUUGCAGACGAGGAGAAAGCUGGACGCUUGGACUAUAAGGGUUAUCUGCAUCAAUUAGAUUUGGGCAAUAAAGCUAAAGUGCUGAAAGUGCGUUUCACUCAUAAAGGUGUUAAUAAACCGGUUAAUGGCGUCUUCGCUGGCACCUCACCCGAACUGGAACUGGCUCUGUACACUGUCUGCUUCCAGUUGCGCCCAGAUCGCACAUGUCCCGUGUCGCUAGGUAAUCAGCGCUUCGGCAUUGUCACCUAUACUUGGCGUUAUCGCGGCAAACAUCUGAUUGGCAGCGCUUUCCCCGAACUAUAGAGACGCCAUCAUGCAAGCAUAAUGAGAUUUAUAAACUUACUUUUGUAAGAAAUUGAGAUUUAAAUUUGUAGUUUAAUCAGGUAAAAUAAACCAAAAAAUAUUUUCUUUAAAA